AUGAUUCAACCAGUCAUGAUCCCAAUCCCGCAAACCCCCUUCCGCACCCACAUGCCACAACAGAUUUCCCCAAUGAUUCAACGAGUGCCAGAACAAAUGCAAAUGCGACCACCAGUACGCCCUCCCAUGUACCAGAUGGAAAACAUUAGGCCACCAAUGCCACAUGUAAUUCAACAACAGUUACCACCCAUGUUCCAACAGCAACAGCAAGUUCCACCUAUGUUGCAACAGCAAGUCCCUCUCAUGAUUCAGCAGCAACUACCCAGACGAGAACAACAGUAUCCACGAGUACAUAUGCAAAUUCAGGUGCAACCACAGAUGCCCAUCCAAUCGCAAGGACCGCAGAUUCAACAGAAUGAAUUACCCCCAAACCCCAUUUUGCAUCACAUUGUGCAACAAAUCAUCGCUCAGAAAAUCAUUGAGAGUCAGAAAUUGCGAGAAGAGCAGAUGAAGGAAGAGCAGGCACAGGUACAACAACAGCAACAAGAAGAGCGACAACCGCAGGUUGAGAUGGAAGAGGAACGUCCACAUCGGUUCGAAGUUACUCCUCAGGUCCCUCAAGUACCUUCACAAAAUCUAAUAGGUCAGAGNUAUACUAUCACAGAAGUUCAUGUGUGA